ACUUGCGUCUGGGAUUGGGCUGUCGCUAUGUAAGUAUCGUGCUGGCAAAGAUUGGGCUACAAAACCUCGCAUCGCAUGCCAUAAUUACGACGCAGUGAUCUAUCUUCCUCUCUCACAACGCCACCCGGCACUCUCCUCUACACCAGAAACUUCAUCACCAUUCUCUUUUCUCCUAGCCUCUAGCCUGUCAUGGCUCACCAGAAAGAAUCCGAUCCCAUUUUGUUCGUGAGUGAUGACCAACUGAGCGAUGAUAUUGAGGACAACAAGAUCGAGAGUGGCAGCAGCAGCAGUUCUGCUAGUGACAAUGCUCAUCGUCCUCAGAUGUCGUCCCCUGGUAAUAGUUUUUCUUCCCAGAUAUGGCCGCAGAGUUACAGGGAGACACUGGAUUCUUACGUUAUUGCAGCAUCACCAAAUUUUGGUAAUCUUGGAUUUGUUCCACCUGGUAGUAGCUAUUCCUAUUCCAGCUUUAAGAGUAGUUCCGAUGUGGGUUCAAAGGCUCCGUUAUUGUCUGCCGACGAACGUGAACGCUUUUCUCAGAAUUGGGACAAAACCUCUAGAACCCAAUCAUUAUGGUCACAAAGGUCGACACUAAAUAAACAGGUCACGGGAGAAUUGCCUGCUGCCUAUGGAUGUAGCUUGACUCAAACCGUAUUCAAUGGAAUUAAUGUAAUGGCGGGAGUUGGGCUUCUGUCUACACCUUAUACAGUGAAAGAAGCUGGCUGGGCAAGUAUUGUGGUGCUACUUCUUUUUGCAAUCGUGUGUUGUUACACAGCCAUACUCAUGAGAUUCUGCUUUGAGACCAAUAAAGGAAUUACGAGUUACCCAGAUUUAGGAGAAGCUGCAUUUGGAAGAUUUGGGCGUAUUUUCAUAUCUAUCAUUUUGUACGCAGAACUCUAUUCUUACUGUGUAGAAUUCAUCAUUUUGGAAGGAGAUAAUCUCAGCAGGCUAUUCCCAGGGACAUCCUUGAAUUGGGCUGGUUUUCACUUGGACUCCGUGCACUUAUUUGGAAUUUUAACUGCCUUGAUUGUUCUACCAACUGUUUGGUUGAAGGAUCUUCGUUUGAUUUCAUUCCUUUCAGCUGGUGGGGUCAUUGUUACAAUUUUGAUCGUUCUAUGUGUAAUUUUACUUGGUACAACUGGUGGGAUUGGAUUUCAUCAAACUGCUAAAGUAGUGAACAUUAAUGGAAUUCCACUUGUAAUUGGUGUAUAUGGGUUUUGCUUUGCUGGGCAUACUGUGUUUCCAAAUAUUUACCAAUCCAUGGCAGACAAAAAACAAUUUACUAAAGCCGUGAUUAUAUGCUUUCUAUUGGCUGCUCUGUUAUAUGGCAGUGUUGCAGUCAUGGGAUUUCUAAUGUUUGGUCAAAGCACAUUGUCUCAGAUAACUUUAAAUAUGCCACCACAUGCACUUGCUUCCAAAGUUGCGUUGUGGACAACUGUUAUCAACCCCUUGAGCAAAUAUGCCCUCCUGAUGAACCCAUUAGCAAGGAGUAUAGAGGAGCUUCUGCCUGUUGGACUUUCUAAUAGUUUUUGGUGUUUCAUUCUUUUAAGAAUAGCACUUGUCAUCUCUACUGUUGGUGCUGCUUUUCUUAUUCCUUUCUUUGGUCUUGUGAUGUCUUUAAUAGGCUCUCUACUCAGCGUACUCGUGUCGGUGAUAGUGCCAGCACUAUGCUUCCUGAAAAUAGCAGGAAUGAAAGCUUCGAGGAUACAGGUUGUUUCAAGUAUCACUGUAGCUGGAUUGGGAGUUGUUGCUGGAAUCCUUGGUACAUAUUCUUCAGUAUCCAAAAUCGUGAAGAGUUAUUGAAGAUUUUAAGUAGUUGAAAUGCGGAACGUUUUUGCUGUGUUGAUGCUCUAGUUGUAUAUGCAUUUACUACAUCUUGAAGUAGUAUUUCUACUAAUUAGAGAAGUAGGCCACUUCGGACGGCCAUUUCGGAAGCUGUAUAAGUUAUAUGGAGCCUUUUAGGCCACUAUAAGUUUAUGUGACGUUGAGUCUUCCAUACUCUACUCACUGCGAGUACUGUUUUUGUAGAAAGUUGAAACAUACCGAUACUUUUACGGAUUUAUCUAAUUACUAGGGACUUGAACUGAUUAAUGUUA